UUUCAGGUCGCCUUUCAAUUCAUACUAUAUCGAUGCCUCUCGUGCUACCUUAGUUUUGUCAAGCAUGCUCAAUUUUGGGCUUUGAACAGUAAUGAAGCUUGUCUCCCUCCCUUCGGAUGGUUUUCGGGCAACCAAGGGAGAUUCUGAUUCAGAUACAAUAAUAUAUUAUGUAAUUUUAUGAGUCCAGUGGCUCCUUCUUGCUCAUGAAAAAAGCUGCAAGAGCUAUUUGCAGAGCAAUGGAAGAAUCUGAAGAAUCUCUUCCAUGAAUCUCUGGUUUGUUUUAGUGAUGAAGUGCAUAGGGAACUUCUCAAAUAAGAAGUAUAGCUCUUCGAAGUUGCUUUCAAGCCGCCGUGGCAGCUUGGGAAUCACCGGACUCGUGGGCUGGCCCACUUGAUCAAUGCAUUUACCUCGAAGGAAGAACAUCUAUAUAUACGGCAAAUGCUUCCUACACUUUGAACCAUUCGGCAACGAAUAUUUAAGGUUAGAGAGAGAGAGCAGAUCACUGAUGAUGUUGAACUUUAGGGAAAUUAUGGGAUCUAUGAGAACUGCGCAUGUGCUAUUGGCCAUGAGAGCUCUUCUUGUGCUCGUGUUCUUGAGCUGGUUAAUGAUCUGGGUGGUGAUGCCCACCAAAACUUAUCGCAACAAGUGGAGCGCCGAGCUCUUAUCUGCCACCCUCUCCACCUUUCUCGGAAGUCAAGGGACUUGGAUGCUAAUCUUUACAUUUCCCAUCUUACUUAUUGCCGUCGUUGGGUGCCUUUAUCUCCAUUUGGCGGAGAGAAGCCGUUACUUCAACAGGCGACUGUUUAAUGACAGGGGAGAGAUAAGCCGGCGACUGAGAGGGUGGCGGAAACCGGCGCUGGUGAAAGGCCCGCUUGGAGUGAUCUCAGCGGUUGAAAUCGGCUUCUGCUUCAUGUUUCUCUUCCUCGUCAUCUGGGCUUUGUACAUGUACAUAACAGGUGGCCUCUCCGAAGUUAGCUCUGGGGUUGCUGCAGAGUAUGGAGAGAAACUGUGGGAAGCGAAGUUAUAUGAUGUGGGCUUACAGUUUGGAUUGACAGGAAAUAUGUGCGUGGCCUUCCUCUUCUUCCCGGUGGCUCGCGGCUCCUCUCUUCUACCGCUGAUAGGACUGACGUCGGAGAACAGCAUCAGGUAUCAUAUUUGGCUCGGCCAUUUAGUCAUGGCGCUCUUCACUGCGCACGGCCUCUGUUAUCUAAUCGUUUGGGUUAUUAAUGGUCGCAUCUACGAGCUGGUGAAAUGGGGAAGCGUUGGCAUCUCAAACAUAGCGGGAGAAGUAGCUUUGCUCUGCGGUUUGGCUAUGUGGGCAGUGAGCUUUCCCCGCUUUCGGCGCAGUAUGUUCGAACUCUUCUUCUACGCUCAUUAUCUCUACAUCCCCUUUCUGCUCUUCUACCUUCUACACAUUGGCUUCUCUGCCUUCUGCCUUAUCCUCCCCGGCGUCUAUCUGUUCCUCGUCGACCGCUUCCUCCGCCUCCUGCAAUCGCGGCGCCGGGUCCGAUUGCUCUCGGCCCGGCUUCUGCAAUCUGAGACCAUGGAACUCAACUUCGCGAAGGCCCCUGGUUUUAGCUACAAUCCGACGAGCGUGGUGUUCAUCAAGGUGCCAAGUAUCUCAUCGCUUCAAUGGCAUCCUUUCACAGUGAGCUCCAGCAGCAGCCUGGAGCCGGAGAAUCUCAGUAUCGUUAUCAAGAAGUCUGGGAGGUGGACUCACAAGCUCUUUGAGCAGCUCUCCCAGCCAUCAUUACAAUGCCUCGAGGUUGCAGUAGAAGGGCCAUAUAGCCCUGGAUCCACCGAUUUCCUAAGCUACGAUUCUCUGAUACUUGUAAGCGGCGGCAGUGGAAUCACCCCCUUCAUCUCUAUAAUCCGAGAAUUAAUCCACCACAGCGCCACUCUGUCCGCUAAAACUCCAACAAUCCUCCUAAUCUCUACCUUCAAAACCACAGCAGAUCUCUCCAUGCUCGACCUUCUCCUACCAAUAUCAAACGCCACAACCACCACCAACUUCUCCCAGCUCCAGCUCCAAGUCAUGGCCUUUGUUACAAGGGAACAACAAGCUCCACCACCGGCGGCAAACGGUGACGCCGAAGCCAAGAAGCUCAUAUACUUCAAUCCCGACCCCUCUGACGCAGCCGUGGCUCCGGUCCUUGGCCCCAACGGCUGGCUCUGGCUUGCCGCCGUCAUCUCGUCUUCAUUCCUAGCCUUCCUCUUGCUCAUCGGCAUACUCACACGGUAUUAUAUAUAUCCAAUUGAUGAUAAUACCGACGAGGUCUUUUCUUAUACGAAGAGGGCGUUGCUCUACUUGCUGGUCAUGUGCUGGUGCAUAGCCGCGAUGGCUGGUUUAGCUGUUUUGUGGAACAAGAAGGUGAAUUGCAAGGAAGAGUGUUCGCCGGAGCCGGCAAUGAUGCCCAAGAACUUGUGGACGCUUGGCGGUGAGAUUGAAAGCGAACCACGCGAGGCAUUGCUUGGAGGUGUUAAGGUUCAGUAUGGUGAAAGACCUAAUCUUAAGAAGUUGUUACUGGAGUUUGGUGACAAAUCAAGUAUUAUUGGAGUGAUGGCCAGCGGGCCAAGUUCGCUGCGUCGUGAAGUUGCAGCCAUUUGCUCUUCCACCCCUGCUGAGAAUUUGCACUACAAAUCAUUAAGUUUUACCUGGUGAUUAUGUUCACAAGAAUUAUGAACGACUUCAGUACGUAGAUGGCAAGUUAGAAAUGAACGAGAUGCCAGUCAAAAUUACAAUGCUUCCUCUUUAGAAAAAAAAUUAAUUAUUGCAGAUAUGUAUAUUACACUUAUCCAUAAUAUAUAAAGAUCCUCUUUUAUGUGAAAAUUGUGUUUAGUAAUCUUUAUUAUUGUAGCUUUGUCAUGAGAACUUGAUCAGUUAAUUUUGAUGUGGUGCAUCCUAA